CGAGCAGCGAGCGUCCUCAUUUUCAUAUCUCCUUUCUGAUGCGUUUUCCCCUCAGAUAUUUUGAUGUGCAUUAUUUGAAUUUUCGUCCAGCGCUUAGCGUUUGCCGUCGUACUGAGCCGGCGGAGGUGGCAGAGGUGGUGUUCGUGGAGGUUUUGAUUCAAUAAAUUUUCCAAUCAAAUUUUAGUGCACGUUGUUUGAGGUCUAAAAUCAUGGCGGAGAAGUACAACUUGAAGAACCCUGCGGUGAAGCGUAUUCUACAGGAGGUGAAGGAGAUGCAAUCUAACCCUUGCGAUGAUUUCAUGAGUUUGCCUCUUGAGGAAAAUAUUUUCGAAUGGCAAUUUGCAGUAAGAGGGCCUUGUGAAACUGAAUUUGAGGGUGGUAUUUAUCACGGACGGAUUCAGUUGCCUGCCGAAUAUCCAUUCAAACCUCCUUCAUUUAUGUUGUUGACACCUAAUGGUCGUUUUGAGACACAAACGAAGAUUUGCUUGAGCAUAUCAAAUCAUCAUCCAGAGCAUUGGCAGCCAUCUUGGAGCGUAAGGACUGCUUUAGUUGCAUUGAUUGCAUUUAUGCCUACCAACCCAAAUGGUGCAUUGGGCUCAUUAGACUACAAAAAGGAAGAGAGGCGUGCUUUGGCCAUUAAAUCUCGGGAAGCACCUCCACGAUUUGGAACUCCUGAACGUCAAAAACUGAUUGAUGAGAUUCAUGAGUAUAUGCUAAGCAAAGCACCCCCUGUUCCCCAACAUGGCCCAUCACAGGACCCUGAAGAACAACACCCUGACAAUGGGGAAGAUGAGACCCGGGUUAGUUCUCCAAAUCCCAAGACACCAGCCAGUGAGGGGCCUCAAGGUCGGACAGAAGUUGACCGAAUUGUUGAAGAACCAGCAAAUGCGAAUCCUCAUCCCUCUGGGGUCGAAGCUCCAACAGAGAUUCCAUCCAGUGUUUCAAGCAACCAAUUGCCCGAAGAUUCAGAUGAAAGGGUUUUGAAUCCAAGGCCAGAAACAAGGGGCCAAAAACCUGAUGAUCGUUUGUUCACAUUGGCUGCAAUUGGACUUACAAUUGCAAUCGUGGUUCUGUUGCUGAAGAAGUUCAUUAAAUCUGUUGAACAUGGUGCGGUUUUCAUGGGUGGAUCCUAGAUGUAUUCGUUGUUCGUGCUGGCUUCUGUGCUCGUCAAAAGCGAGCACCCUUUGAUGUUGUAACUACAGUAAUAUAAUUGCGUCAUACUGCUGUCACCUAUAUACCGUAUGCAAUUUUUAGCAUUCUUAUUUUGCCCAUUAAUAUGGGGUAGUUUAUUGUCAACAUGCUGGUCCAAGUGCAAAAUGUUUGUUAAAUACGACAUUCAAUCCCGAUUUGGCAGUACAUCUGCUGUUGGUAAAUAUUUUUUUAUUCAAGAAUUAAUGUACUAUUUGCCUAUAAA